AUGACGAGAGUCCUCGUUUACGCAGGCCUCUUGGUCUUCUCCAUCGCAGCUACCGUGAUGACCGUCCUACCAUCGGCCUCCACCGCAGCUGCUCCAACCUCCGCGACCCCCUGCCAGACGUUCCCCACCGACGAGCAGUGCGACGCCGCCUCCGACGACAAGGGCCGCUUCUGCCACCUGUGGCGCUCCGCCGGCUUCCUCGCCAACCUAGCCGUCGCCGUCCAGCUCGUCACCGUCGUUGCCUACGUCUUCGUCGUCGCCGGCGGCAAGCAGAAGCGCGACCAGGGCUGGAAGGUCUUGGCCGGCUUGCUGACUGCCGUUGCCGUGUUGGAAUACUUUAUUAUCGGCAUUGUGUCCUACGCCUACGACAACGAUGAACAGUUCCUCAUCCCCGGCUGGUCCCUCGACACCUCUUGGAUCCUCUGUAUCCUGAGCGCCAGCCUCUCCGUUGCUUCUGCUAUCGCCCUCUCAUCUACCGUAACCUGA